GCUGCCGCGGGCUCGGGGAGGACCCGGCAGGUGCGAGCUGAUUGGCGGCGCGGGCUACGGCGGCCGACAGGGGGCGGUGGCGGCCGCUGGCCGAGAGUCCGGAGGCGGGGCCUCGGGCCUCGGGCGCUGCGAGCCCGGUGGGCCACGACUCCGCCGCGGCAGGGUGCGGGCUGAGGCCAUGGGCGACCGCAGCGGCGCGAGCGGCUCCCGGCGCCGGAGGACGGGGUCGCGGCCCUCGAGCCAGGGCGGCAGCGGGCCCGCGGCGGCGGCGGAAGAGGAGGUACGGGACGUGGGCGCCGGGGGGGACGCGCCUGCCCCGGAGAAGGACAAGGACGGAGACGUCGACGUGGGCAGCGGCCAGUGGGAUUUGAGGUGCCACCGCCUGCAGGAUUCUCUGUUCAGCUCCGACAGUGGCUUCAACAACUACCGUGGCAUCCUGAAUUGGUGUGUGGUGAUGCUGAUCUUGAGCAAUGCACGGUUAUUUUUAGAGAACCUCAUCAAGUACGGCAUCCUGGUGGAUCCCAUCCAGGUGGUGUCUCUGUUUCUGAAGGAUCCCUACAGCUGGCCCGCUCUGUGCCUGGUUAUUGUGGCCAACGUCUUUGCUGUGGCUGCGUUCCAGGUGGAGAAGCGCCUGGCUGUGGGCGCCCUGACGGAGCAGGCGGGGCUGCUGCUGCACGUGGUCAACUUGGCCACCAUUCUCUGCUUCCCGGCGGCUGUGGCCUUCCUGCUUGCGUCCAUCACUCCAGUGGGCUCCGUGCUGGCUCUGAUGGUGUACACCAUCCUCUUCCUCAAGCUGUGCUCCUACCGGGAUGUCAACCUGUGGUGCCGAGAGCGCAGGGCUAGGGCCAAGGCCAAGGCUGCUGCUGCGGGUAAGAAGGCCAACGGGGGAGCUGCCCAGUGCACCGUGAGCUACCCUGACAACCUGACCUACCGUGAUUUGUACUACUUCCUCUUUGCCCCCACCCUGUGUUACGAGCUCAACUUCCCCCGCUCCGCCCGCAUCCGAAAGCGUUUCCUGCUGCGGCGGCUCCUUGAGAUGCUGUUCCUCACGCAGCUCAUGGUGGGGCUGAUUCAGCAGUGGAUGGUCCCCACCAUCCAGAACUCCAUGAAGCCCUUCAAGGACAUGGACUACUCGCGCAUCAUCGAGCGCCUCCUGAAGCUGGCGGUCCCCAACCACCUCAUCUGGCUCAUCUUCUUCUACUGGCUGUUCCACUCCUGCCUGAACGCCGUGGCCGAGCUCAUGCACUUCGGAGACCGCGAGUUCUAUCGGGACUGGUGGAACUCUGAGUCCGUCACCUACUUUUGGCAGAACUGGAACAUCCCCGUACACAAGUGGUGCCUAAGACACUUCUACAAGCCCAUGCUCCGGAGAGGCAGCAGCAAGUGGGCAGCCAGGAUGGGGGUGUUCCUGGCUUCGGCCUUCUUCCACGAGUACCUGGUGAGCAUCCCUCUGCGCAUGUUCCGCCUCUGGGCCUUCACGGGCAUGAUGGCUCAGAUCCCCCUGGCCUGGAUAGUGGGCCGCUUCUUCCGUGGCAACUACGGGAACGCGGCCGUGUGGCUGACGCUCAUCAUCGGGCAGCCUGUGGCGGUGCUCAUGUAUGUCCACGACUACUACGUGCUCAACUACGAGGCCCCGACGGCCGGGGCCUGAGCCGCUCCAGGCCCGCCCUCCUUGCUGCGGCUGCCUGCCUUGCCUCACUGCCCGCGGCUGGAGCCGGCCCCCGACCUGUGUGCUGGGGAGAGGCCUGGCUGGUCGAUGCUGCCUCUCUGCCCCUAUGGGGCACCCUCCUGCCCCCUCAGGGAUGGCAGACUGGGCCCGUGGGAGGUGCCAGCACUCCGGGAGCUGUGCCGAUCCUGCCCAGGGGUCUGAAUGUGUCAAUAAAGCGCUGUCCACAGUGA